ACAGGUCAAAACUGGAAUUUGAUAAAACAGAGAUGUAUGAUUACUAUGACUGGAACAGGUCAAAACUGGAAUUUGAUAAAACAGAGAUGUAUGAUUACUAUGACUGGAACAGGUCAAAACUGGAAUUUGAUAAAACAGAGAUGUAUGAUUACUAUGACUGGAACAGGUAAAAACUGGAAUUUGAUCAAACAGAGAUGUAUGAUUACUAUGACUGGAACAGUGUUAUGCACUACGACGUUUACGCAUUUAGAAACAAGCUUUGGUCAGGAGUAAGUGCUAUCCUAACCCGAACCAUCUUCCCUAACCCUCUGGCCUGGGAGUCUAUAAAAGCUCAGACUGAGAACUGGGGAAAAGGAGCAUAUGUAGGACAAAGGAUAGGAUUGAGUUUUUGUGAUGAGUUGAAAAUAAGACGACAUUAUAACAGACCAGGCUUGAGAGGAGGAAAGGGAUGUAAUUUGUGGACACCUCGGACCUGUAGGUGCAAAUAUAUAAACAAGAAUGAUGAUUAUGAUGAAGCAAAAUGCAAGGAAGUUAUAGACAAUGAUCCAAUGAAAAAUAUUACACAGUUCUAUAAUAAAAGCUCUUCAACAAAUAUCUUCAGUCCGCUGCUAAUAAUCACCAUCGCUUUUCUUAUUUUUUAAAAUAAAUUUGAUGAAAUUUGGUUUUAUUUUGGAAUACAUUUUUAAAUUAUCAA